CGCAUACAUACAGGUGACAAGCCAUAUCAUUGCGGCUCAUGCGACAAAUCGUUUGCACGAAAGCAUAGCCUCAUAUUACAUAGCCACACACAUACAGGUUACAAGCCAUAUUAUUGCGGCUCAUGCGAUAAAUCAUUUGCACGAAAGCAUAGCCUCGUAUUACAUAGCCGCACGCAUACAGGUGAUAAGCCAUAUCAUUGCGGCUUUUCGGCACUCACCAUCAAGACACUGACUACCUUUCCGCCACCCGACAGCUCUCAGUGA